AUGCCAAUAAUAAUUCAACUACUACUACAACUGUCACCACUGAUAUUUCGCCGGUGACAAGCAAUACCGUUUCAUCAGAUCCUGCUACAGUAACCGUAGAAACCAGGGAAAUGCCACCACAAAUAACUCGUUUUCCAACACAAAUAACUCCGAUUAUUGCAAAUAAUAAUAACGCGAAUGUUAACAAUGCUACAACGGUUAAUCCACCCGAAUCUAAUAAUUCAGUUUCACAAAUUCAUCAGACGUCAAAUUCGACUCAAUUCACGGAACCAACAAAUUCUAGUCCAUUACAACAACACUUGGCUGCUACUUCUUAUGCUCCUCAGAUAGCAUCAAUCAUUAAUAAUGUCGCAUCCAAUUUAGCUGUAAAUGCUGGCAUCAACUCUAAUGUUUUAGGCUCUCAAUAUAAUAAUGUAUCAACAACAGAUACCACACCUUACAUUGUUAAUCCUUCAAUGAUUGCGUCUAAUAAUACUAUUAAUUCUGUUCAUUCACCAAUUACAUCAAAUCAUGCAUCAAGUUUUCAUAAUGGUUCUGCCAUAAAUACCUUUAAUUCUUCACCGCCACCACCGUCUCAUAUUGGUACGUCUCAUAAUAGUAAUCCUAGCAUCCAAUCAGGAGUUUCGCCUCAUCAUUCUAGCCAAUCUGGAAUUUCACCACAUCAUGAUAGUCAACCCUUAAUUUCUCCUUGUCACGACAGUCAACCUUUAAUUUCUCAUAAUAAUUGUCAAUCCGGAAUUUCGACACAUUAUACUAGUCAAUCUGGAAUUCCUUGUCAAGCAGAGAUGUCUUCUAAUCAAGCAGAGCAAAAUAUGAACAAUAAUAAUUCAAUGAUUAGACAACAUCAUGGUGUUAAUUCUAUCAAUAUGCUGUUAGACACGACACUAACUAGCGCUAUUGUAAGGUCACCAAGUACAGCAACGAUAAAUUCUAAUGGAUCUAUUCCUAGUCCGAUAGAUUCUGCUAAUGGACCACCAAUUAAUUCACCAAUUUCUUUUGGUGAAUCUAUACUUGCUAUGGACAAUACUCCUAUGAGCGGAAUAGUUAAUCAAAUGAAUAAUCCAUUAAGUAUACCACAAAGUUCAAUACAAAGGCCCAAAUAUCAUAAUCUUCCGGAACUAGAUACACUCGAUACUGUUUAUGAUGUUUGGAAUGAAUGGAAUGUUGGUCUAGAUGGAAACCCUUCAAUCAUUACAUUACUAGAGGUUUAUGGUAACAAAUGGGCUGGUGAAAAUAAAGAUACAUUGAUCGCUCGUAAAAAAAUUAUAAAGGAAAUACAAACAAGAACACACGAUAUAGGAGUUGAUAAAGCAAUAAGUGAAAUGGAACGAUUAAGGAAUGGUAAUGGCUUAACUUGGCUAUCAAAAAAAUUUGGUGGAAAGAAGAAGGCAACACCUGCGCAUCGUGGAUAA